AUGGCCAGCCAUGCACCUUCCGGGAGCGCGCUCCGCGCCUGUAAGUAUCUUGUCUCAUAUCCUCCCCUUUUCCGGACAGCAUCAGGGCGAGGCACUGGAGCUGAUCAAUUUCGCAGCUCCAAGGGCUUGAUCUUGGAAGGUAGAAGCGCGGUAUCGUACAAGCUGCAGGAAACCGACAUUCCCGUGAGCGCCCCGGAUCAACCACCACAGACACAGCAGGGCAAUGAAACACAACCCGACAGUGGCGGCAGGCUGCCGUCGGUCAAUUUGUCAGGUAGUGCCACGGCUGUAUCCAUCUCCGCCUCUACUGUCGAAUACUCUGCCUACGGAUUCCUUGAGCUUCGCUCGCUGUCUUCCCUGGACAAAUGGGAUAUUUCAUACCUAGCCUCGAAAGGAUGUUUUACGUUGCCUGGACAGUCGAUUCUCGAUGAGUUUGUGAAGAAGUACUUCUUGCAUAUCCAUAUGAGUACCCCGAUUCUAGACGAGGCAGAGUUCUGGCAGUUGUACUCCCAGCAAAGGAAUCGCGCAUCGUCACACGGUCGCAGUCUCUCUGUCUUAGUAUUACAAGCCAUGUUGUUCAGAAGCUGUCCGCUGCUACUGGACCUCAAAGCUGAAGAUCGACCAUUAGAAAGGGCACAGGGGGCAUUGUUACUCUCCUACCAAGCCUCCCCGGAUGAUCCCCAGAUUGGUAGUUUACUUCUGGCCAAUGCGAUACAGAAUGCCAUCAUUCUAGGAAAGCCCCCGAAGCCAUCAGUGAGUUUUAAAGAGUCCACCAUCAAACGUCUAUGGUGGUCAAUCCUGCUGCGCGACCGAUGGAUUUCCCUCGCUCUCCGCCGACGCAGCCAGCUUACGACGAAGGAUUUCGAUGCAGAAAAUAGUGCUUUGGAGGAGGCAGACUUCAUCGAAGAGAUUCAGGAAUCCAAGGUGUAUGACGUGCAGACCAAGCGCAUUGUUUUUAAGGUGCUGCAGCAGCAGUGCCGUCUAGCGAUUGUCCUUACUGACAUGACUUCCUUGAUCUUUUCGUCGUGUGAUAGCUCUGCAAUGGGACUACCCUCAAAGGAAUUUCCAGCAUGCAUGGGUAACGUUCUGAAGACGAGAAAUCGAUUGCGUCAAUGGGAGACGGAGUGGCGGUAUACUCUGUCGUCCACACCUUCUGAUGUGCGACAUUCAGUGACAUCCUUUAUCAAGAUGACAUAUGUCUAUUACUACACAGCUCAUAUUCAUCUGGCCCAUUACGAAGCCCUUCUCCUCGAAGCCAACUUGAUGUUUAUCGGACACUCGUAUACCAUGCAGCUCCAGGAAAUUGGUGGCUGCCUCCAAGAGGCCGUAAAGGAAUUGCACGAUGUGCUGAAAUACUUCAGUAAUACGAGGGACAUUGAAGCAAUUCCGCUUUGCAUACUGGCAUUCGUUGGAUGGCCGCUAGUCGUGGCCGCGAUUGAUGCUGGCCUCGCACCUAACGACGCCGAGGCCGUGCAACGGCAGCGAGAGCUAAACGUUCUGGGGAGCAUUUACCACGCCCUCGUCGAACUCUAUGAUGUAACAAAGUUUGUUGCGGUGGGUACAAAGGAGAUCCUCCACCUCGUAACUAAGAUGGCAGAAGAGCUGGGCAUUCGAAGACGUCAACCUGCGCGGGCAUCAGAGGUUCAGAAACCGUACCAACGAGGAGCAGCAUUUCCGAAUACGACAUGGAAGGCUCUCGAGGAGGACAAGCAUGCCUCGGGGUGGUUUGAUUUGUUUAUCCGCUAUCCCCGUAUAUACCUUCUCAUCGCAGCCUCUACAGACUACUCCCUUUCGUCCGGCCGACUACCACAUGAGAACGCUUUACCGGAGGUCCUGCGGUCAGUGGCCUCCGGAUUCUUAGGAUUUCAGCUUCCAUGGGUGACUAAGGCAUCUUUGGACGAAACUGAACAGAAGGCGCAAAAGAUGUGUGACAGGCACCGAAAAAAUAACGCAGUAGACUUCAUAGGCCCUAGAGCACAGCCGGGCCCGAGAACCGCUUCCGAGCCAGGGCGACAAAUGUACGCCUGGCAGCACGCGCCUCAGCCCUUGUCCCCACCAUAUCAAGUGGCCCGUACGGGGCAAGAUGUCACUGGUAACAGAGAUGACCCUGCCGUAGUAUUCGAAUUUCUCCAGCCAAUGCCAUCCAUUGACCCAGCAUUUUGCCUGCCGGGAAUGGAUCAGAUGGUGUAUCCCGUACCCUGGCAAGGCCCUCUAAAUGGAUCAGCGAUGUCCUUUCUGGUAGGGACAGAGAACAUGGACAUGCAGCAGCAGACUGACUUUAGAGAUAGUCACACUGUCUCAAACGCGUGGAAAAUGUGA